AUGUUGUUGCUCGCAGCGGAAAGCUGUGUGGGAUAUGCACAAGCAAGACAGAGACAGGGAAGCGGUAGCACCUCAAGUCCGCUUUUUGCUUGCAGGCUGCUUCCCAAGAACAAGGUGCGAUGCUUUGAGAGGGCGUCUGAGGGCUCUGAGCCGGGCUUUGAGAUGUUGCGUUUUGGACGUGAGAUCAAGCUGUGGGCCGUGGCUCUGUGGCGUACAGGGAACAUGUACUUGGAGGUUCUGUGUGAGCGCCAGCUUGAACGGUUUGACGAAGAAGUUGAAGAAAAGUGGUGGCUUCCCGAAGCCACACACGCCAAGCCUCUUCCCCGGCCAGGCUGGACCCGGGAGGAUGUUCAGAAGAUGAAGGCAACAGCUUGA